GGUGCAGGACUGAGCUGCUCUCCACAUGAGAUGAAGAGCAAUUCUUUCUCUUUGGGCUGAAGUUGAAGACUCUCUCAGUUUUUCUUCUUUAGAUAAGAGACUUCAGUCAGCCCAGGAUCUCCAGCUACCCUCAGUGAGGAGAGAGCAGAGCCCAGUGAGAAGGACAGAGUGAGAGGUUGGUCCCUGCCCUGGCACAAUGCGCGCUCUUGUCGUCCUUGCGCUCCUGGCUGUCCUGGUGCUGGCUGCCACUUCCUAUGAGUCCCAUGAGAGCAUGGAGUCCCAUGAGUAUCUCAAUCCCUUCCUCAACAGGAGAAGGGCCAGUGACUUCAUACAGUCAGACACCAGGCUCAGAGGUAUCACUCAGGAGAGGAUGAGGGAGCGCAGCAAGGCACACUACGAGCACCAGAGAGAGCUCUGCGAGGACUACUACCCGUGCGAGAUGUACGCCUACCGCCACGGCUACCCCGCUGCCUACAAGCACUACUUUGGGGGCAGGAGGAGGACCAAGUAAAGGACGGCCCGUCCCCACCCUGGAGCCUGGAGUCCAGGGUAUCCUCCCCAAAAUUGCAAUGGCUCUGAAACAUACUCAGUUGCUUGUAUCCCUGUAUGUUAUCCUGCCUGCUGCUUCUCUCUCAUGUAGCCAUGGAUUCCGACACUGUGUUAAUUAGCGCUGAGCUGAUGUAGCAGAGAUCACAGAGAGUUCAGGAUGUGGGUGUUUACUACAAAAUAAACUGCUGGUUUGAUACUAUC